UACAUCUACACAUCAGCUGAUCGACGGCACAAUAACAGCUGAUUAACGAUUGAUAAAAGUGAUCAAUCUGUGUGUGUGUGUGUGUGUGUGUGCAGUAUGCAGACAGUGACAGUGGAGACGACUCUGACAAACGUUCCUGUGAAGAGAGCUGGAGGCUGAUCUCCUCACUGAGAGAGAAACUACCUGCUAACAAGGUAAACACACCCGGAACCUUUCUCACCCGGAACCUUUCUCACCCAGAACCUUUCUCACCCGGAACCUUUCUCACCCGGAACCUUUCUCACCCGGAACCUUUCUCACCCGGAACCUUUCUCACCCGGAACCUUUCUCACCCGGAACCUUUCUUCCCCGAACCUUUCUCACCCGGAACCUUUCUCACCCGGAACCUUUCUCACCCGGAACCUUUCUUCCCCGAACCUUUCUCACCCGGAACCUUUCUUCCCCGAACCUUUCUCACCCGGAACCUUUCUCACCCGGAACCUUUCUUCCCCGAACCUUUCUCACCCGGAACCUUUCUCACCCGGAACCUUUCUUCCCCGAACCUUUCUCACCCGGAACCUUUCUUCCCCGAACCUUUCUCACCCGGAACCUUUCUCACCCGGAACCUUUCUCACCCGGAACCUUUCUUCCCCGAACCUUUCUCACCCGGAACCUUUCUCACCCGGAACCUUUCUUCCCCGAACUUUUCUCACCCGGAACCUUUCUCACCCAGAACCUUUCUCACCUGGAACCUUCCUCACCCAGAACCUGUCUCACCCGGAACCUUUCUCACCCGGAACCUUUCUCACCCAGAACCUUUCUCACUGGGAACCUUUCUCACCGGGAACCUUUCUCACCCAGAACCUUUCUCACCUGGAACCUUUCUCACUGGGAACCUUUCUCACCGGGAACCUUUCUCACCUGGAACCUUUCUCACCCAGAACCUUUCUCACCUGGAACCUUUCUCACCCGGAACCUUUCUCACCCAGAACCUUUCUCACCUGGAACCUUUCUCACCCGGAACCUUUCUCACCCAGAACCUUUCUCACUGGGAACCUUUCUCACCGGGAACCUUUCUCACCUGGAACCUUUCUCACCCGGAACCUUUCUCACCCAGAACCUUUCUCACCUGGAACCUUUCUCACCCAGAACCUUUCUCACCUGGAACCUUUCUCACCCGGAACCUUUCUCACCCAGAACCUUUCUCACUGGGAACCUUUCUCACCGGGAACCUUUCUCACCUGGAACCUUUCUCACCCGGAACCUUUCUCACCCAGAACCUUUCUCACCUGGAACCUUUCUCACCCAGAACCUUUCUCACCGGGAACCUUUCUCACCGGGAACCUUUCUCACCUGGAACCUUUCUCACCCGGAACCUUUCUCACCCAGAACCUGUCUCACCCGGAACCUUUCUCACCCGGAACCUUUCUCACCCGGAACCUUUCUCACCCAGAACCUUUCUCACCGGGAACCUUUCUUACCGGGAACCUUUCUCACCUGGAACCUUUCUCACCCGGAACCUUUCUCACCCAGAACCUGUCUCACCCGGAACCUUUCUCACCCGGAACCUUUCCUACCCGGAACCUUUCUCACCUGUUGUUUCUCCUCCCCUGUGCUCAGGUUCAGUCCAUCGUGAAGCGCUGCGGUCUGCCCAGCAGUGGGAAGAGGAGAGAACCUCUCCGAGUUUAUCAGAUCCCUCAGAGGAGGAGGAUCAGUAAAGACCCCAAACGUGUGACCAUGGAGGACCUCCGCAUGCAGGCCGUCAAAGAGAUCUGCUACGAGGUCAGAGACACACACACACACUAACACACUAACACACACAGUAACACACACACACACAGUAACACACACACACACACACAGUAACACACACACACACAGUAACACACACACACACACUAACACACACAGUAACACACACACACACACACACACAGUAACACACACACACACACACACAGUAACACACACACACACAGUAACACACACACACACACUAACACACACAGUAACACACACACACACACACAGUAACACACUCACACACACACACACAGUUGUCUCUAGUAGAGGUCCCUCGGUGGUCUCCAGGUGGUCUCAGUUUGUGUGUUUAUGGGCGAGGUCUGACCUUGUACUGGUCUGAUCCGCUCUCCCAGUCUAACCAGUGCUCUGCUCCUGUAGUUCUGAUGUUCUCCUCUGUGUGGCGCCCCCUGCAGGUGGCUCUGGGGGACUUCCGUCACUCUCGUCAGGAGAUCGAAGCGCUGUCCAUCGUCAAGAUGAAGGAACUGUGCCGCAUGUACGCCAAGAAGGACUCCAACGAGAAGGACAGCUGGAGGGCCGUGUCCCAGGACGUCUGCGACACCGUGGGCAUCGGCGAGGAGAGGAGCCCCCCCGCCGAGGAGCGGGACGGAGGCGGAGACGGCGUGGGAGAGAAAGGAGAAGGAGGAGGAGGAGGAGGAGGGAAAAACAAAAUGUACGACCUGAAGGCGCACAUCGACAAACUGACCGACAUCCUGGAGGUGAGUCAGCGGGUCUGAGUGAUGAUGUCAUCAAUGUCAUCUGUCUCACCUGUGAUAAUGUCAUCAAUGUCAUGUGUCUCACCUGUGAUGAUGUCAUUGAUGUCAUCUGUCUCACCUGUGAUGAUGUCAUUGAUGUCAUCUGUCUCACCUGUGAUGAUGUCAUCCGUCUCACCUGUGAUGAUGUCUCACCUGUGAUGAUGUCAUCUGUCUCACCUGUGAUGAUGUCAUGUGUCUCACCUGUGAUGAUGUCAUCUGUCUCACCUGUGAUGAUGUCUCACCUGUGAUGAUGUCAUCUGUGUCACCUGUGAUGAUGUCAUCUGUGUCACCUGUGAUGAUGUCAUCUGUGUCACCUGUGAUGAUGUCUCACCUUUGAUGAUGUCAUCUGUCUCACCUGUGAUGAUGUCAUCUGUCUCACCUGUGAUGAUGUCGUCUGUCUCACCUGUGAUGAUGUCAUCUGUCUCACCUGUGAUGAUGUCAUCUGUCUCACCUGUGAUGAUGUCUCACCUGUGAUGAUGUCAUCUGUGUCACCUGUGAUGAUGUCAUCUGUGUCACCUGUGAUGAUGUCAUCCGUCUCACCUGUGAUGAUGUCAUCUGUGUCACCUGUGAUGAUGUCUCACCUUUGAUGAUGUCAUCUGUCUCACCUGUGAUGAUGUCAUCUGUCUCACCUGUGAUGAUGUCGUCUGUCUCACCUGUGAUGAUGUCAUCUGUCUCACCUGUGAUGAUGUCAUCUGUCUCACCUGUGAUGAUGUCUCACCUGUGAUAAUGUCAUCUGUGUCACCUGUGAUGUCAUCUGUGUCACCUGUGAUGAUGUCAUCCGUCUCACCUGUGAUGAUGUCAUCUGUGUCACCUGUGAUGAUGUCAUCUGUGUCACCUGUGAUGAUGUCAUCUGUCUCACCUGUGAUGAUGUCAUCCGUCUCACCUGUGAUGAUGUCAUCUGUCUCACCUGUGUUUCUCCUGCAGGAGGUGAAGCUGCAGAACAACAUGAAGGACGAGGAGAUCAAAUCUCUGAGGGACAGAAUGAUCAAGAUGGAGAGCAUCAUACCUGUGCAGGUACGUCCUCACCUCGCCACCGUCCCUCAGACGACCUCCAGAGUCCCGCUGACCCGCUUCUCUUCUCCUGUUUCAGGAUGAUGACGUUAACGGCGAGGACGACGACUCGCCCUACAGAGAAGGGGGCGGGGCCGAGGAUAACCACCAGCAUCCUGAGGUCAGAGUGAAGCGCCUGAUGGAGGAGGACCCGGCGUUCAGGAGAGGGCGCCUCCGCUGGCUGAAACAGGAACAGCAACGGAUCCUGAACCUGCAGCAGCAGAACAUCACCAAGAAACUGCGAGGACAGACCCAGAACCAAGGUGGGCGGGUCACAUGACUCGGCACAGGUCACAUGACAGAGUGAAGAGUUUGACCUCCUGUAUCUCCUCCUCCUCCUGCAGGUCAGAGCGCCCCCGUCGUCCCCGUUCACCUCCCCGGGACCGGGCGCUUCAUCCCGCCGCAGGAGUGCAAGCUCAAGUUUCCCUUUAAGAGUAACCCCGCCCACAGGUUGUCAUGGGGACCGGCCAGCGCCGCCCUGCAGGCUCUCGGUCUGGGGGAGGGAGGGGAAGAGCGGGAACAGAGGGAGGAGAUCGGAGGAGGAGAGGAUGACCAUAACACCUCCUCCUCACCACCUCCUCCUCUUCAGGGUCAGCCCCCUGCUCUCUUGCCCCUCCCCUUUCAGGCUCCGCCCCCUCGUAUGCGCACUCCUAGCCCACAUCGUGCAUGGCAACAGCGUAACCAAGGCAACCAGGGUGGUUUCCACUUCCAUCACCAAGGGAACAACCAAAGCCAGCCACGCCGCUACCGCCGCAACUCCCUGGACGGCUCCUCCAACGGCAACAGUAACCUUAACAACGACCAGCAUCACGGCGGGGGUGGGGGCGGUCACCAGGGGCGACCGAGACAGAGAAGGGGGGUGUCACCGGGGCCAGGGGGGGAGAGAGGAGGGGGGCGAGGAGGAGGAGGAGGCGGGGGGCGGGACAGAGACAUGGGCUUCCAUUAUAACCAUCACCAGCAGCACCAGUACCACCACCACCCCUACUACAACUCCCACAAUGCACCAUUCCAGCCACAGCCAAACUACCACAGCCUGCCGCGCUCCGGUGCCCCGCCCCCUCCUCCGGAUAUGCUGCUGGGAGUGGUGCCGCCGCAAUGUGGGUGGGGCUUCACAACCCCGCCCAGGAUGAGACGCCAGUUCAGCGCGCCAGACCUCAAAAACAACAAGGAGACCCCCAUCUGA